AUGCCGAAGAUACAAACAAAGCUAAAAGCGUUUAAAAUCCGAGGCGCUGAUGAGAGUAAAAAAGUCGGAGUAGCAGCUUUUACUUUAAAGGAACUGACCAAGAAAUCAUGCAGUUUACUCCAGAUGCCUGUGCUGAAUGUGCAGUGUUGUUUGUAUGAAGACGGUACAAUACUAACAGAGGAAUACUUUCAAUUUCUGCCCGACAAUACUGAACUGGUUCUGCUUUCUGAUGGACAGAGCUGGAACGGAAUGGUAUAUGACCUGUCUCAGGUACUUGGUUUGAACAGACACACAGAUGAGCUAAUUACUGCAGCGCAACAGCUACUGACUGAUGAACAUUCAGCUAGGAGGAGAAAAAUCCUUGGUGAUCUCCUGUGUAAUCUGAAAGAUAAUGCAGAGUUGGAAAAAAGGGAGGAGGAUGAAGACUGGUUUAAGGGAAUUGACACAAGAUUUAAAACCAAAUCAGCAUAUAUGAAGUACAACUGUGAGCAAAGGAUACGUGGAUAUCUAAAAGAGGUGGAUGGACAUGCUCACACUAUUCAGAGCGCUAAGCAGAAAUGUGAAUAUCAAAAGGUGGUUGCAGCUAUGGUAGAAAAGCUCAAAUCUAUGCGCUAUAAUGGCAAUUACUUUGACAGGACAGACAAAGAGCUUCAUCGGCUGUGCAGUAAAGAGGGCUGGUUUUCCUGCCAGGGAGCUUUUGAUGAAAACAUGUGUGAAUCUCUUCAUUCAAUAAACCCAUACGGUAACCGAGAGAGCAGAAUACUUUUCAGCACCUGGAAUCUCGACCACAGGAUUGAGAAGAAGAGAACAGUUAUACCCACUCUGGUGGAAGCUCUGCAUGGUAAAAAGAGCAGUGAUAUAAACCUUGAUUAUUUCUACAAACUGUUAUUUACAAGAGAAAAUCUGAAAUUAGUUCACAUUGUUUGCCACAAGAAAGGAGCUCAUGAUCUAUCAUGUAAUUCACGUCAAAUAUUUAAACGGGGUAAAAGAGCUCACAAGUGAAGCAGAUAGUAAUCAUCUCAUGGAUUCCAGAAAUGACUCAGGGAAUCGUUCAUUUCUAUUCAGUAAAAUUAUAU